AAAUCCCGUAACAGCACCAUACGUUUGGUAUCUACGGCCAGCGAUCCUCGAGACAAGAUGGCUUCCGGCGGUGCUCAGAACUACUACGAGCUGUAUCGCCGUAGCAGCAUCGGCUCUACUCUGACCGAUACCCUCGAUGACCUGAUCACGGACCACCGCAUCGACCCCCAGUUGGCGAUGAAGAUUCUCGCCAACUUCGACCGAGCGAUCGCGGAUGUUCUGCAGGAAAAGGUCAAGGCCCGGUUGACUUUCAAGGGCUCCUUGGAUACCUACCGCUUCUGCGACGAGGUGUGGACCUUCCUCAUCAAGAACGUCUCUUUCAAGAUGGAGAACGGCGGCCAGGCAGUCGUCGCGGACAAGGUCAAAAUCGUCAGCUGCAAUGCGAAGCGUCCCGGCGAGGGCCAGUAAACGGAGGAAGGACACGACAGGUCCGCGAAGCAGCAAAUUAUAUCUGGCGUUUGGAUGGGGUUUGGGAGUUCCGGUCAAGGCGUUCCAGGAUGCAGUUUUCAGGUUCUAUCAACUACAAAGGAUCCAUUUCGCCCUAAUCAUAGAGGGGUCUCUCACCUAUUUUGCGGCUGGAAAUGCAUCUGUUGGUGGUCGAGACAAAGCAAUACAUUGCCAUUUUCAAG